CGCGAAAACCCGGUUCUGCAGCGCGCACCGGGCCUCGGCACCGCCGGGAGCCGCACUGGGCAUGCUCGGCUCUUGCCGGCUCCGGCGCCCGUAGGUGGAAAGCUCCGGCUCCCGGAGGCAGGGCUGGUAGCCCGCAUCCAGAAGAAGCGCGGGCGGAGGAGGUCGGUACGCGUUGGGUGCUGCAGACCUCUCCCGGUGGCCAUGGCGAACGGCGCACGGCGACCACCGGAGUGGCGCAGCGGUGUCAGCAGAUUCUUGAUCAAGUACUUACUCCAUGGAUCCAGGCCAGGUUCAUCCCAUGGCCUGCCCUGAACAGCGUACAGUCUGAGAGAAGAUUCCAUCGGCAAAACCAUCUCUUGCCUUACGGAACAAGCAAAGAAGAUGGACCUACUGAGGAGCCAUCUGACUGUGUGCUUACCACCUUCUGUGCUCUUUCUAAUCCUAGUCUCCACUCUAGCAACCGCUAAGAGUGUAGCCAACGGCACUUUAAAUGGCACGGACGUGGUCUUUGGUUCUGUGCCUGUCAUCAUUGCCAAAACUGACCAUAUCAUCGUCAAGGAGGGGAGCAGUGCCUUGAUUAACUGCAGUGUUCAUGGCGGCCCUGACCUAGCAUUUAAGUGGUAUAAUUCUGUUGGCAAGCUGCUGAAAGAAGGAGAGGAGGACAAGGAGAGAGGAGGAGGAAAAUGGCAAAUGCAUGGUGGCCUCCUGAACAUCACCAAGGUGUCUUUCUCAGACAGAGGUAAAUACACAUGUGUGGCGUCAAACACCCAUGGCACUGUAAACAACACGGUGACCCUGCGAGUCAUUUUUACCUCUGGAGACAUGGGUGUGUACUAUAUGGUUGUCUGCCUCGUGGCCUUCACCAUUGUCAUGAUCCUCAACAUUACCCGCCUGUGUAUGAUGAGCAGCCACCUGAAGAAGACAGAGAAAGCCAUCAAUGACUUCUUUAGGACAGAAGGGGCCGAGAAGCUGCAGAAGGCAUUUGAGAUCGCUAAGCGCAUCCCCAUUAUCACCUCAGCCAAAACUCUAGAGCUUGCCAAAGUGACCCAGUUCAAAACCAUGGAAUUUGCCCGGUACAUCGAAGAGCUUGCCAGAAGUGUGCCCCUGCCUCCCCUCAUCAUGAACUGCAGGACGAUCAUGGAGGAGAUCAUGGAAGUGGUCGGCCUGGAGGAACAGGGGCAGAAUUUUGUGAGGCAUACCCCAGAAGGCCAGGAAGCCACAGAUAGGGAUGAGGUCUACACAAUCCCCAACUCUCUGAAGCGAAGUGACUCCCCCACCGCCGACUCAGACGCCUCUUCCUUGCAUGAACAGCCCCAGCAGAUUGCCAUCAAGGUUUCAGUUCACCCGCAGUCCAAAAAGGAUCAUGUGGAUGACCAGGAGGGUGGACAGUUUGAGGUCAGAGACGAAGAGGAGACAGAACCAUCAGAGGAACACUCCCCAGAGACUGGAGAGCCUUCGACAGACAUCACGACCACGGAGCUGACAUCUGAAGAGGCGUCACCUGUAGAGGCACCAGAGCGAGGCCUGCCACCAGCACACCUGGAAAUGACAGAGGCAGCAGUGACAUGUGACAAAAACACCUGCAUUAUUUAUGAAAGCCAUGUCUAAUCUUAACUCCGAAAAGCUAUGCAUAUCAAGAAAAAUCAGGGGCUGCUCCUUGUAAUACAAAUGUAGUAUGCACUUGCCGCUAAGCCUUACCAGGAGACUCUCAUCCCUUAGGUAGGAGUGAUGCCCCGUGAGAGGGAAGACACCUGCAUGGAGUUCACGUGACGAGACUCACCCCAGUAGGAAAAGACGUGAGAAGUGCUGGGGUACAGAACUGAUAAUAUGGGGCAGAGGUCUGUCCAUGUGAUCUGAAUUGUAGAGGCCGUUCUCUGCCAAAUCUCUUCAUUGCUGAUGCCCUUUUGGCCAAGAGUACACUCUUGUAAGACAUUCUGAGUUCAGGAGCCCUGUCUAAUGCACACUGCAUUGCUUUUCUUUGGAAAAUUAUAAGUCUGCUACAGUAGCAAAUGCUCAUACAUGGGUUUGUUGCACUUUCUUCUCAGUUUUAAUCAUCUUCACUGUUCUUUUAUAGUAGAGUGGUUGUUAUUUUAUUGAUAUGAAUUGCUCUUUCUGAUGGAGCCUUUCAUAUCACCUUUGUCCUCAUUUUUUCUUAGUGUAUUUACCUCAGAGUCUUGGGUGUCAGUCACUGGCAUGGCUGAUAUCUAUGUCAUUUGUAAUGCCCCAGAGUAGUUACUACACUUCUUUUCUUCUAAUUUUCUCUUAAAAAAAAACAAAAACAAAAACAAAAACAAAAACAAAAACCCUCACACCUAUGUUCAUACACUUUUUGUUUCCAAUGAAGCUGCUAUUGUGAAACUGAGAAAAACUUUGCCCCCAAAUAGCACUUUAAUAGUCAAAUACCUGUACAGUUCUGAGAGCAUUUAGGUGCACAGCUUGAGGUGAGGAGCAAGAUUAUAAAUGCUUAGAUAUACCCACAGCACUCAAGGAAAUGGUUUCCAUGGAAGUGCCCUCACUCUCCAAAUGAAGACAGGUUCUUUAUCUGGAAGAUUUAUUGCUUCCAAAGACAGAGGCAUUUGGUGAAUUCCUGUAGAUACAGCAUGUCUGCUUCCCAGAAGGCCUUGCAGGGCUCUUAGUGUGCUGCUCAGCUCAGCACUAGAUUUAGGGCAGCAACCAGCAGCUCUGUGACGAGUAUAACCAGGUCCCCUUUAGACUGCACACUUAACUUGUUGAUUGUCGAAAAGCAGCUUGCAAAAUUAGGGUAAUGACAUAGAGGAUUUUAUCCUGAAAUGAUUGGAUUCUUUGGCCAAAAUGCAGUGUGUAAGGCAGCUUGAUAUUAGAGAAUAAAGACAAUCCAGCCAUCCAUAGAUUUAAUUCUCAAUUGUGCCAAUAACCAACGAGCUGCCAGGCUUUUAGCAAAUCUGGGCCUUGGUUUUAAAACUCCUCUCUGUAAGAGAGGGCAAGCUGGCAUGAGCUCUGAGUGCUGCUCGUUUUCCAUGGCAUCACAUUCAGAGAAAGAACCCAAUAGUAAAACUUUUUAUUUAU